GUGGUAACACUAGCGCCCGGCGUAAAAAAUAUCAACUAAAAUCUUUUGACGUUUUUCUAGAUCGUUAUUCGUUAUGUAGACGCCGUUUUAAAAACGUGAAAAAUUCAGAUUUAAAAAAAAAUCGGUAAUGGGACGAAGGAGUAGGUCAAAAUCACCUUUUGGCAGCAGAAGACGGGAUAGAGAAAGGGAUAAAGAAAGGGACAAGGAUCGGGAAUGGGAGAGAGACAGAGACCGUGGCAGAAGGAAAAGGUCUAGGGAUAGGUCGAGAGAAAGGGAUAGGGAACGAAGACGUCAUUCUCAUGAACGGAGAAGGUUUUCACGAAGCCGGUCCAGAUCAAUAGAGAAAAGGAGCAAGCCUCUCCCAGAACGUCCAGCUGUCACAGCCGCGGAUUUAGAGGGUAAAAGUCAAGAGGAGCAGGAAAUGAUGAAGCUGAUGGGAUUUUGUAAUUUUGAUACCACCAAAGGUAAAAAAGUUGAUGGAAAUGAGGUUGGUGAAGUGCAUGUUAUAUUGAAACGCAAGUAUAGACAGUACAUGAACAGGAAGGGUGGAUUUAACCGGCCUCUGGACUUUGUCGCGUAAGGUUGCACAGUGAAAGCAAGUGGGUGAUUUUUUUAUGUAAUGUGAACAACCAUUGUUUACCUCAUCGACCGAUUUACCCUGCAAAUGGUGGAGUUGUUCUGUUAAUAUGUGGUAUGUGUUUUUGCACCUCUUGCACGUUUGCAGCGUAAAUCUAACCCCGUUUUAUUUAUUGCAUAGUAUCACAUACCUCACACUUAAUUCAGGUUCCACAUAGCGUUAAAAUUUCUGUAAAUAUGUACGGUUAUAGCUGAAUUGGUUGUUCAAUUAUAUAUUAUACACAUUUCACGUUUAUUUGCAUUACGUUUUAUAUUUGGGUGAUGUAAGAUUAAUUUUAUAACAAAUAAAUAAUUGAUCUGUUUCUAAA